AUGUCACCUCCCAUGCAGAUUCAGGAGUAUUCUUUACUGGCACAAAACGGGUUCUCCGACCCUCGCACAUACGAUAGGUAUCGACCAUCCUAUGGAAUAGAAGCGGCGGAGUUUCUCAUGGCUCACAUGUAUGUUUCUAAUCAGCCGAAUCUCCAGAUUUUAGAACUUGGUGCUGGGACAGGCAAGUUCACCCAGCUACUGGCUGACAUGGGACGAAAACACGAGAUCUACGCAAUUGAGCCACAUCCGGAAAUGAGGAAGUUCUUGGCUGGCAGACACCUUAAGAACUUUCACGCCAUUGAUGCUGUGGCUGAGCGGAUUCCGCUGGAAAAUAAUAGUGUUGACGCCGUGGUAGCUGCACAGGUAAGCUUCAGCUCUCUAUUCAUCAUCAUUUAA